GGCCCCAACUCUGGGCGCAGGGGGCGGGCCGCAAAGGAAGGGCCGGGGGCGGGGCCAGGGUCCCCCCAGGCCCCACGGGGAGACCCUGGUUUCAGGAAGUGGAGGACCGAGCGUCUGGCUGCGACCUUGGUCGCGAUGAGCACGGCGUCGGGGCCCCGCGAGGUGCGCCCCGCAGGUGGGGAACAAAACAUGACAGAAACAGAUGCCUUCUAUAAAAGAGAAAUAUUUGAUCCGGCAGAAAAGUACAAAAUGGACCACAGGAGGAGAGGAAUCGCUUUAAUCUUCAAUCAUGAGAGGUUCCUUUGGCACUUAACACUGCCAGAUAGGCGGGGCACCAGCGCAGACCGAGACAAUCUUACCCGCAGGUUUUCAGAUCUAGGAUUUGAAGUGAAAUGCUUUAACGAUCUUAAAGCAGAAGAACUACUGCUCAAAAUUCAUGAGGUGUCAGCCUCUAGCCACACAGAUGCCGAUUGCUUUAUGUGUGUCUUCCUGAGCCAUGGCGAAGGCAAUCACAUUUAUGCAUAUGAUGCUAAAAUUGAAAUUCAGACAUUAACUGGCUUGUUCAAAGGAGACAAGUGUCGGAGCCUCGUUGGAAAACCUAAGAUAUUUAUCAUUCAGGCGUGUCGGGGAAACCAGCACGAUGUACCGGUCAUUCCUUUGGAUGUCGUAGAUAAUCAGACAGACAAGCUGGACACGAACGUGACUGAGGUGGAUGCAGCCUCCGUUUACACACUGCCUGCUGGAGCAGACUUCCUCAUGUGUUACUCUGUUGCAGAAGGAUAUUAUUCUCACCGGGAAACGAUCAAUGGCUCAUGGUACAUUCAAGAUUUGUGUGAAAUGUUGGGAAAAUAUGGCUCCUCCUUAGAGUUCACAGAACUCCUCACACUGGUGAACAGGAAAGUUUCUCAGCGCCGCGUGGACUUCUGCAAAGACCCAAGUGCCAUUGGGAAGAAGCAGGUUCCUUGCUUUGCCUCAAUGCUAACUAAAAAGCUGCAUUUCUUUCCAAAGUCUAAUUAAUAGGGGCGAUCUUAUCUUACAGUCUGUAAAUAUCGUUAGGUUAAGCGUGUGGUCAGUGAUUCAAAUGUUUUAAUGUUUAAUGCCCAGCAAAGAACUGCCUUUAAAAAAAAAAAGUUCAUGUUGGCCAUGGUGAAAGGGUUUGAUAUGCAGAAACAAAAUCCUCAGGAAAUUAGAAAAAUAAUUUACAAGCAUUUGUAAUAUUUUUUAGUAAACUGCAGGAUUACACAAAAAUCUGGCUGAUUUAACUAGUAUUUUGUCACAUUUUUUAUGAAAGUUUUUAUUAAAAAAAGUUGUUUUUAAAGGUUUUUGAAAUCCAAGAAUUAAAUCAUCCCUUAUAAAAUAUUUGAAAUUCAUAUUUGAUUAGAUUUUUCUAACAUUCUUAUUCAUUUGUGUAAUUUGUAGUUUUUACUUGGUCAUAUAAACGUUUAAUAUUUCAUCUACAUGUGAAUUACCACAUUUUGUGUAUGACUUUAAUUCCUACUUUUUAAAAAAUCAGCAUUUCAGAGUUAUAUGUCAUUCUGAGGAUGAAACAGAAAAAUAGUAAUUCUUAGCCACUAUAGGCUGAACAUCUGCAAAUUCUGAUUGUGUCAGCAUCUUCCAUGUUAAGUUCCAAGAAACAGUCCAGCGGUCAUCAGACCCAUUCUUCACACACGAUCACAUUAAUAAUAGAUGCUACCCUUAAGGUUCAAUUCUUAUUAAUAUGAUAUACAGAAUAUGAAUAAUACUGUUUUGUUAAUAACCUGACAGAGGCCAAAGGUGGUUAAGUGGGCUUUGAUACCUGAAACUUGUGAUUUGCAGGUUCAAAAGCCAUCAUUUAUAUACACAGUUUCAGUUGAAGCUCAAAAACUAUCAACUAUACUUUAUGGUUAGUGAACAUUUAUGCCUUUUUGAUAACUGAUAAAAAGAUCUUAAUCCCGGCCGGGCGCGGUGGCUCAAGCCUGUAAUCCCAGCAC